AUGUUCGAAAAAGGACAAGGAAACGACCCAUUUCGUUACAGGAGAUCGUCAUUAUUUUAUAAUCGCCUUUUUAGUCGUAGAAGUAAUCUUAGAUUCGUUCUUAUUGUAUUAUUAUUCGGCGCGACUAUAUUGAUCAUUAUUAUAAAGCCUCGACCCUAUUCUGAUCCUCGUGCAUUGCCUGAAUUAACUGGAUUAUUAGACUCUGACUCUUCAGAAACUGAUAGUUCACAAAUAGCUUGGAAAACCGAUCUGAAUAAAAAGAUUAGUUCCAGAUCAAGUUUUUAUAAACCUGAACAAUUUACUAAAGACGCUUUAAAAAGAAAUAAGCUCAUUCCCGUUACUGCAGUAAUAUUGGGUUGGAAGCGUACUGAAAGUUUGAAGGUAGUGGUGAAUUAUAUGUCAAAAUAUCCUUUUAUAAAAGAAAUCUUGAUAUGGAAUAAUAACAAUGAAACAAGGCUUAAUGUUGAGGAUUUCAAACUCAAUAAUAAUAUAAAUGUAGUUUUGAAUGUGUUUAAUUCUGAUGAAAAUCUUCAUGAUCUUUCUAAAUAUAUAACAUGUUCUAUGGCUGAAUAUGACUACUGUUAUUUCCAAGAUGAUGAUUGGCUAAAUUUAUAUAUGGACAGUACUUAUACUAAUUUCCUCAAAAACCCCAGUCUGAUUCAUUCAAACACAAUGCCACUUAUCCAUUUAGAACAUCGAAGAUGGAUGUUUUCUAAUGCAGAUAAGAAUAUUCAUACCGGUUUCACUUGGCUCGGUUGCGGUUCUUUUAUUUCACGAGCAAAAGUUCAAAAGUUUCUCGGUCAACUUGGUUAUAUUUCAUUAUCCAAAGACCGUCUUAAACUUGCGGAUAUGUACUUUUCUUUGUGGACAAAUCAGUAUCCUUAUCAACUUUCUAAUCCUUUAACUCCGUUGGAUCAAGAUAACGGCUGGAGUAAUAGCGUUGAUCAAUGGUCCAUAGUUUAUAGUAAUAUUCUUGAUGCGGCUCAAAAAUUAUACACUGCAUUAGCUGUCAAACCAAUUUUCAAUCAUUUUGAACGCGUGGAAGAAACUCCUUAUUAUCACGAACGCGAUGUCAGAGCACCGUGCAUAAAUGAUAAAUGUCUUUUCAUCACGAAUAUCGACCCAUUUCCUCAUCCAUCUCGUGUUUAUUACGCGAAUAAUGUUACCCAUGUUCAUGAACAAGAAGCUAAAUUCAAUGCUUUGGAUUUUCCAAGCAAUGACUUCUGGGAAAAACAUGCUUAUCAUAAUGCCGUAGAUUUGAAUCUAAACACUUGUUGGAAUUCAUUUAAAAUACCUAAAGAGGGUGAUUAUUUUGGACUACAAUUUGUAGAACCAAAAUCAUACAACAAAGUUACUAUUAUAUCCUCGAACGAUAUAAGUAAUUUUGAUGCGUCUUUUACCGUUGAAAUUUCUUUUGACGGAUAUAAUUGGAAAACUUGUGAUAAACUUGAAUCAUCUUAUGAAGCUCAAGACUACAAUUCGGUUGAUAUAAAUAAUAUCAUCGCCAUGGAUUUUGAUUCGGCUGAUAUACCAAAAAGUAAUAUAAUCACCAUGGAUUUUAAAUGUUUUGAGGAAGAAAAUAAAAAUGACCCUAUCAGUUUUAUAAAGUUUCAAGCUACGAGAAAUUUUACUGAACCUUUUGAGAUUUGUUCUUUUAUUUUAGAUGGAUUAAGCAUAUAG